AUGGAUAUUAAUUGGAAGAUAUUCAAGAAAAGCCCAGAGACGCUCGAUAUAUACACGGCUGAUGCUGUUGUAACCUAUGUACCCACUGGUAUGGGUGCAAAGGGAAAGGCAUCCAUUCGAGAGUUCUUUCUUCAAAAAGGAUUUGGUCCCCACCAACUCCAUGAAACAGUACAUUCAUCCGUGUCGUCCUACAACAAGCGAAUCGAAGAAGUCGAGUGGAAUGUGACAUUUGAUAAAGACAAUUGUUCCUGGCUGGUACCUGGAUUAGAGCAAUAUGUAUCUAACAAGUCAAUUGUAUUGCCAGCGGUUAUCUCGGCAGGUUUCGAGCGUAAUUUGAUAUCGUCCAUUAAAGUCUAUUGGGAUCAAGCAUGUGUCUUGCAACAGCUUGGCCUUUUGCAGCAGCCAGACUGGCCCAUUGUUAGUGGCAAAGAUCAAGUGAAUGUUCUCAAAUCACCAACGAUGCCUCCACUUCACGGGCUUUCUAUCGAAAGUAAUGAGACAAAGACCCAAUUUAAGCAUGAUGAACAGUCUACUUACAUGCCUGGAAGAGUAUUUGGUCCCGUAAAGCCCGAAGAUCAAGUUUCAAGAUCAGUUCUUAAUGUUCAUCCCAUCAGACCCAAACGCAACAUCUUCACCUAUGAGCCACCACCGACCCGUCCUAUGGUAGCUCACAACCCCUCAAUCCUUGCCUCUUCUAUUAAAUUCUCUCAAGAAGACGGACCAAAUCAUGGCUCUCCAGCCAACGGUCGUAACGUUAAUGGUGCAAGAGCAAAUCUGUUGACCAGUCGUAGUGAUGCAACCAGUAAUCGUCGACCGGCUCAGCAAUCAAGAAACAUCUUUGCUCAUCAGUAA